AUGGAGGAUACCACGUCCCCAAAGCUCGACGAGCAGCAAUAUGUCAUCCUGAGCAGCUCGGAGGCCCGGCCGCGGGACGGGCAGACAGCAGACAGAGAUCAGCUUGACCUCUCGGCUGUGCCCCGUGCACUGCCAGAGGACGGCGUCGCCCGCCUCCAUGAGCGGAAGGCCAAGUCGUCCCGUCUUAGCGCGGGCUCGGACGGCACUAUCGACUCUAUAGAGAGUGAUCAGGACAUCACACUCUCCAGCCAGUCAAAUCACCAGACUGCACACCUGCAGGACUCCAACGGCCACAAGACAGUUGAGCCCGCGGCGAACGGUGCCUCAGAUAAGGAGGUUCAGCCAGAGGUCUCCACCGUCAAGGUGCGAGACGACAAUGCGUCUGGACCGGAAAUCCUUACUGCUCGGAACGGUGUGGCACCCAUACUGAAUGGUCUGGACACCAUCAAGCGUGAAAUUGAGGUCGCUGUGAACGGGAAAGGUACCAAUGGCGUCGACGCUGCUUUGGCCCUAGAGCAAGAGGCAGAGCGCGUCCAAGUUACUCAGCCGGCAACAACCAAUGGUAGCCUGGAAAAGGGGCUCGCCAACGGCGGCGAGCACAAGAAGCAGAUCCCUGCUCCAGAGCCGAUCGCCAUCUGCGGCAUGGCCAUGCGGUACCCGGGCGGCGUCCGCACGGCCGAGGCCUUCUGGGACGUCAUCGCCAACGGCAAGGACCUGCGCGGGCCCAUCCCGGCCGACCGGUUCAACAUCGACGGCUUCGACGGCAAGCUGGGCCGCAAGGGCCAGGUCGACACGCGGCACGGCUACUUCCUCGACGAGGACCUGGGCCUGCUCGACACGUCCUUCUUCAGCAUGAGCAAGCUCGAGGUCGAGAAGACGGACCCGCAGCAGCGGCUGCUGCUCGAGGUCGCGCGCGAGUGCUUCGACAGCGCCGGCGAGACCGACUACCGCGGCAGGCUCGUCGGCUGCUACGUCGGCACCUUUGGCGAGGACUGGCUGCACAUGCAGUCCCGCGAGCCGCAGUUCACGGGCGGGUACAAUUUUAGCGGCGACUUGAUGAUUGCGAACAGGCUGUCGUACGAGUAUGACUUGAAGGGUCCUAGUAUGGUCAUCAAGACUGGCUGCUCCGCUUCCCUGGUAGGGCUGCACGAGGCGUGCAUGUCCCUGCAGACCGGGGGCUGCACGUCGGCCAUCGUGGCGGGAACGAGCCUGCUCAUGGGCCCGACCAUCUACUCCACCAUGACCUCGGAGGGCGUCCUGUCCCCGGAAGGAUCGUGCAAGACCUUUGACGCCGAGGCCAACGGCUUCGCGCGGGCCGAGGGCAUCAACGCGGUGUACCUGAAGCGGCUGGAAGACGCGAUCAGGGACGGCAAUCCCAUCCGCGCCGUCAUCCGCAACAGCGGGACCAACAGCGACGGCAAGAGCCAGGGCCUGCUGAACCCGAGCUCAGCGGCCCAGGAGGCGCUCAUGAGGAAGCUGUACCAGGACGCCGGGCUCAACCCCGCAGACACGCCGUUUAUCGAGUGCCACGGAACGGGGACCCCGACCGGCGAUCCCAUCGAGACCCAUGCUGUUGGCAACCUCUUCAAGGACAGGGGUAUCUAUAUCGGCUCUUCCAAACCCAACUUUGGCCACUCCGAGGGUGCGUCCGGGUUGACGGGUCUUAUCAAGGCCGUGCUGGCUUUGGAAAACAAGACCAUCCCCCCGAAUAUCAAGUUUGGCAAGCCCAACCCCAAGAUCAAGUUUGACGAGUUCAACCUUGCUGUGCCGCUCAAGCCGGUGCCAUGGCCAACGAAUCGCGCUGAGCGCGUGAGCAUAAACUCGUUCGGUAUUGGCGGGACCAAUGCCCAUUGUAUUGUGGACUCAGCCAAGGGCUAUAUUCCUUCUUAUGAGACCAAUGGCUUCCACUCCAAAGCUGGCUCGGCCGCGCAGCUGCUGGUUUGCUCGGCCAAUUCCCAAGAUGCCGUGAAGAAGGUCGUCGAGCAGUCGGUUGCGUACCUCCAGGCCCAUCCGGAGCGCUCGGACGAUCUGGCAUACACGCUGGCGCGGAGGCGAGAGCCGCUCCCCCACCGCUCCUUCGUCGUCGUCACCAAUGGCAAUGUCUCUGAGGCCGCGCCGAGCGUCAAGGCUCCCCAACAAGCCGCGCCGCUGGCCCUCGUCUUCACCGGCCAGGGCGCGCAGUGGCCGCAGAUGGGCAAGCAGCUCCUCGAGUCCGACCCCAUCUUCCAGGACGACAUCAAGGCCAUGGACGACAUUCUGGCCGCGGCCAAGAUCCCGCCGACCUGGGCGCUGGAGGAAGAGCUCCUCCGCCCCAAGGAGACUAGCAACGUUUACAGGGCCGAGCUGUCGCAGCCGCUGUGCACUGCUGUCCAACUCGCCCUUGUCAACAGCCUCCGGCGAGCUGGCAUCGCCCCGGAUGCCGUUGUCGGCCACUCGAGCGGCGAGAUCGCCGCUGCCUAUGCGGCUGGCGCGCUGUCGCAGCGGGAAGCGAUCCUGGCUUCGUAUUAUAGGGGUCUGGCUACCAAGUACCAGGAGCUCAAGGGCGGCAUGGCUGCUGUCGGUCUUAGCGCUGCCGAGACGGCUGAGUUCCUCGUCGAUGGUGUUGUCGUCGCUGCGGAAAACAGCCCCUCGGCGACGACCAUCUCGGGUGAUCUUGACAAGUUGGAGCAGGUCAUUGCGGCGGUCAAGAGCGCCAAGCCUGAUGUUCUUGCGAGGAAGCUGCAGGUUGAUAUGGCGUACCACUCGCACCACAUGGUAGCCCUCGCUCGACACUAUCUCGGCUUGCUGCAAGUGGAGAUGGAGCCCGGAGAAGACAAUGACCACCGGCCAAAGAUCCCUAUGUUCUCUAGCGUUACCUCCCAGCUGUACACUCAGCCCCUGUCUCCCCAGUACUGGGUAGAUAACUUGGUAUCACCUGUCAAAUUCCUGCCUGCAGUCAACGCUCUGCUCAAGGAGCUACCGCAAGCUCUAUUCUUAGAGGUCGGUCCCCACUCGCAGAUGGCUGGACCACUGCGACAGAUCUGCGCUGAAGCGCGGGCAUCUUGUAAUUACAUCUCUACCAUGAUCCGUGGCGCAGACUGCGCUGAGAGCUUCAGCUCUGCUGUCGGCCAGCUGUGGCAGCAGGGAGUCAGCGUGGCCUUUGCUUCACUGUUCCCAAGAGGCAAGGUCUUAACUGACCUGCCCCUGUACCCUUGGGAUCAUUCCACCAAGUACUGGUACGAGAGCCGCAUUGCCAAGGAGUGGCGGUUCAGGCAGUAUGGCCACCACGCGCUCCUCGGCCAGCGCAUCCCUGAACUCAGCGAGCUUGAGCCGGCUUGGCGGUGUGUGCUCGAUCUCGAGGAUGUUCCAUGGCUCGCCGAUCACAAGGUCCGCGACGACAUCAUCUUUCCCUUUGCGGGCUAUAUCUCCAUGGCCGGAGAGGCUAUCCGCCAGGUCAGCGGCGUCCAGACCGGCUACAGCGUGCGCCACGUCAUCGUGCCUACGGCGCUGGUGCUCAACGUAUCCAAGCCCGUCGAGCUUUUGACGUCGCUCCGGAAGCGCAAGCUCACGGACUCGGCUGAGUCAGAGUACUGGGAGUUUACUAUCUCCUCCUACUCUGGCUCCACCUGGAUGAGGCACUGCGAGGGCACGGUCAAACCCACGGCAGAACGUCUCGCGGGCUCCAAAGAGAUUUCCAGCCUUCCUCGCAAGAUCUCCGCCUCAAGGUGGUAUAAGAUGCUUGGCCACGUCGGCCUCAACUACGGUCCAGAAUUCCAGGGCAUGACGAGUCUGCAGACUUCGGUCACGUCGUCUCGGGCUGUUGGCGAGAUCACUGGCAAAGUCGAGAAGCCGUUCCUGUUCCACCCGGCUACUAUGGACACCUGCUUCCAGCUCGUCAUUGCUGCGGCGGCGCAAGGCCUUGGGCGCAACCUCAAGCACCUUGUCGUUCCUACGCUCAUUGAGGAGAUCGACGUGUUCCCUGGGACGGAGCACAUGAUUGCCGAGGCUUGGGGCUCUGCUGGCGAGGCUGAUGUCGGAAUCGAGUGCGUCGCUGAGGGCCAAGUAGCGCUACGUCUGCGGGGCGUCCGCCUCAACCCCCUUGAAGAUGACAGAGACGUUUCGAACAAGGAUGUACACGCCGCUGCCAGGCUGGAAUGGUAUCCUGACGUCGACUUCAUGGAUGUCGGACCACUGUUUAAACCGCCCACCAUUGAUACCGAUGUUAAGCUUACGGUUGAGGAGAUGGUCCUGCUAUGCACUCUGGACUCGGCUGAUCGUGUCGAGGGCCUGACCGCUGGUCAGCCGCAUUUCGAUAACUUCCGGGAGUGGCUGCACCGUGAGAGGCAACGUGCAAGCGAUGGCACAUACCCUCCCAUCAUCAGAGACACUUUGCCCUACACAAAGCUGACCAAGGACGAACGCAAAGCCGCUAUUCUCGAGCGAGCUGAUAAGAUCUGUGCUGACCCCUCCUUCGGCGAUGUUGCUCGUGGUAUAGUCCGCAUCUGGGAGAACACCGAGGACCUGUUCACUGGCAAGAAAGACACCCUUGAGAUCCUCAUGGAGGAUGGUGUCCUGACUGGCAUCUACAACUGCAUCAGCUUCGGCUUCUCCAAAUUCGUCAAAAUGCUAGCCAUCUCCAAGCCCAAACUCCGCAUACUGGAAGUCGGCGCCGGCACCGGCGGCACGACCGAGAUGAUCCUCCGGGACCUCGUCAGCACCUCCAAGAACCCUCUGUACUCGACGUACACCUUCACCGAUAUCUCGGCCGGGUUCUUCCCACAGGCCACCGAGCGGUUCUCGUACGCGCCAAACAUGGAGUACAAGGUCUUUGACAUUUCCGCCUGCCCGUUCGAGCAGGGCUACACGCCCGAGAGUUACGAUCUGAUCCUGGCGCCGAAUGUCGUGCACGCCACGCCGAGCUUGUACGCGACUCUCAGCAACCUCCAGCCGCUCCUCAAGCCUGGCGGCCAGCUUGUCCUGACCGAAGUCUGCGCUGUCGCUCGUGGUCCUGGCUACAUCUUUGGCAACUUCUCGGGCUGGUGGAUGGGCGAGGCCGACGGCCGCAAGUGGGAGCCGUACAUCUUCCUGGACCGCUGGGACGCCGAGCUGAAGGGAGCCGGCUUCACAGGUGUCGACACCGCUGUCGUUGACGCCGAGGAGCCGUACCAGUAUUGUGCUGCCAUCGUCUCGCGGACAGCUGCCAAGCAAAACAACCCGGAGCUUCCCGCCGUCACUGUUCUAUGUGAAACCGCCGAGCAGCAGGCAACGCAGACUUUGAUCUCACAUCUACAGUCGCAGAAUAUCGACGUGUCUGUGGUGCGCUUCGGGGAGGGUUCUCUCCCAGCAGGCCAGCCAGUGCUGGCUACAGUCGACCUGGAAACCCCUUUCUUUGACAACAUCACACAGGAGCGCUUCGAGCAGUUCCAGGCCCUCUGCCGCGAGCACGCCGACCAGAAGUUGCUGUGGCUCAUGCCCCCAACGCAGAUCAACUGCACUGAUCCCCGCCACGCCCCGUCCCUGGGUGCGGUGCGCGGCGCCGCAGCCGAGCUCGGCCUGCCCUUCCACACCCUCGAGAUCUCCACUGCUGAGGAGGACUUUGCGGGCCUGGUGCUCAAAGUCCUGCGCAAGGUACACCGGAUGAACGAUGACAACGUCUUUCUCCGGCCCGACCGUGAGUACGCCGUCGACAACGGCGUGGUAAAGAUUCCGCGGUUCGGGGCUUUCGAUCUCGAAGAGGAGGUUCGACGUAAGAGUGCGACCAAAUCCACCGCGGAGAAGGAGCUGGCCAUUGGGAAACCUGGCCUGCUGGAGACGCUGCACUGGGUGGACGUGCCGGCGAAGACUCUGGGUGAUGACCAGGUGGAGAUUGAGUCAAGGGCUGUUGGUCUGAAUUUUCGCGAUGUCAUGGUGGCGAUGGGAGUCCUAUCCUUCGAGGGCAAGCACCCACUCGGUAUCGAAGUCUCUGGUAUUGUGAGCAGGGUUGGCUCCAACGUCAAGAACGUCGCUGUCGGCGACAGAGUUGUUGGCGUGGCACUUGACGGAGCAUUCUCUACCAAAGCCGUCGUCGACUCUGUUCUAUGCACAACGCUCCCCGAAUCUUUCUCUUUUGAAGAGGCCGCCACUAUUCCCUGCGUAUAUGCGACUGCCCUCUAUGCCCUGUAUACAGUAGGACAACUGACUUCGGAGACAUCUGUCCUGAUCCACUCUGCGUGCGGUGGUAUCGGCCACGCUGCAGUCGCCUUGUGCAAGGCGGUCGGCGCCGAGAUCUUUGUCACCGUCGGCAGUGAAGUCAAGGCUCAGUACGCCAUAGAUACCUACGGUCUUCCUCGUAACCGCAUCUUCCACUCCCGCGACGAGUCGUUCGUGGCUGGUGUUAUGAGGGAGACGAACGGGCAGGGCGUGGACAUCGUGCUGAACUCCCUGUCGGGCAAGCUGCUGCACGCUUCAUGGAAGUGUGUGGCCGAGUUUGGCAAGCUGAUCGAGCUCGGAAAGCGUGACCUUGUCGGCUUCGGCAAGCUCGACAUGGAGCCGUUCCUGAUGAACCGCUCGUACUGCUGCGUGGACCUCGCGCACAUGAUCCAGAAGAAGCCCAAGCAGGUUGGAAAGAUCCUCGACCAAGUCAUGGACAUGUGCCGCGAUGGAAGGAUCAAGCCCAUGGACAGCAUCACACUCUUCGAGGCUGCUGAUAUUGAGCAGACCUUCCGUCACCUUCAGAAGGGCGACCAUAUUGGAAAGGUGGUUGUCAGGAUUCCGGUAGAUGCCUCUCUCAUUCCCAGCACUAACGCCUCGACUGUCACGAAGCUGGACUCUGAGGCUACCUACCUCUUGACAGGCGGUCUUGGUGGUCUGGGGAGGGCUAUCGCAGUGUGGAUGGCCGAGCAUGGUGCUCGUAACUUUGUGUUCCUUAGUCGCAGCGCUGGCACUACCACGAGUGACCAGGAAUUCCUCCACGAGCUACGAAGCUUGGGCUGCACGGCUGCUGCCGUUGCUGGCAAGGCGCAGGAUAUGGACGCUGUCAAGUCUGCGAUUGCCCUGGCUCCGUCUCCCAUCAAGGGAGUCAUCCAUAUGGCCAUGGUGCUUCGCGACCAAUCAUUUGCUGACAUGCCCCACGAGGACUGGUGCGCUGCUAUCGAGCCCAAGGUGAACGGCGCCUGGAAUUUGCAUAACGCCCUUGAGGGACAGAAGUUGGAUUUCUUCAUCUCCACGAGCUCCGGUGUGACCACUUUCGCCGACCACAGCGGUCAGAGCAACUACUCCGCCGCCAAUUGCUUCCUAGAGGCCUUCACCAUCUUCCGCCGUAGCCAAGGUCUUCCGGCAACGGUCCUGAACAUCUGCCCCGUCGACGACGUCGGCUUCAUCGCUGAUAACAAUGUUGCGAGGAAGAAGCUUAGGUCCCAGGGUCUCUACUUCUUGACGGAGAAGGAGUUCAUGGACUAUAUGGAGCUCCUCAUCCUCAACCAACUCCCUGACGACAUAGACUGCAGCAAAUCCGGAGACAAUUUGGCCCCCUGGUGCGCCAACGGCAACGUCGUCAUGGGCCUCCGGUCCGAGGUACCCCUCGACGAUCCCAAGUGCUCCACCGAGUGGCGUCGCGACUGCCGCAUGGCCACCUAUCACAACUUGCGAGACUCGUCCAGCGCCGGCGAGGGCGGCAGCGGCUCGUCGAACGCUCUCAAGACCUUCCUGGCCAGCGCGUCCAACAACCCGGAGCUGCUGGACGGCGACGAGGCCGUGGGCUACCUCGCGCAGGAGAUCGGGCUCAAGAUCUUUGCGUUCAUGAUGAGGGACGAGAGCGAGGUCGACGUCUCGCUGUCGCUGGCGCAGAUCGGCAUGGACUCGCUCAUGGCGAUCGAGCUGCGACGGUGGUGGAAGCAGACCUUUGCGCUCGAGAUCAGCACGCUCGAGAUCAUGGGUUCGGGCACGCUGAGGCAGCUUGGUGGCGUGGCUGCGGAAGGGUUGAAGAAGAAGUUUGCUGGUGAGGCGUAG